AUGGCUUGGGAAAACUGGACUACAGUGACAGAGUUUGUUUUCAAGGGGUUCACGGAUUGCCUCGACCUCCAGCUUACUCUCUUUGUGCUUUUCCUGCUCAUCUAUGUCACCACCGUGGUGGGAAACCUAGGCAUCAUUGCUGCAGUCUGGCUCAAUUCCCAGCUUCAAACCCCCAUGUACUUCUUCCUCAGCCACUUGUCCUUCUUGGAUCUGUGCUACUCCUCUGUGGUGACACCCAAAAUGCUGCUGAACUUCUUAUCUGAAAGGAAGACUAUUUCUUUCGCUGGCUGCUUCCUGCAGCUCUAUUUCUAUGCUGCUUUCGUGGUCACAGAGUGUUACCUCCUAGCUGUGAUGGCGUACGACCGCUACGUUGCCAUCUGCAACCCCCUGCGCUACCCCAUCCUCAUGUCCAAGAAGGUCUGUGUUUCCCUCUUAGCUGGGACCUAUGCAGUUGGGCUUUUUAAUUCAGUGGUCUUUGUAGGCUUUGCAUUGAGGGUGUCCUUCUGCGGUCCCAAUGUCAUUGACCACUUCUUCUGUGAUGGGCCACCACUCUCAAAACUGGCUUGCUCUGAUACUUCCCUCAAUCAAAUGUUGUUACUUGCUUUUGGGGGCUUCAACGAGAUCACCACCAUAUCAGUCAUCCUCAUCUCCUACGGCUACAUCCUCUUCACCAUCCUGAGGACGGGCUCUAUGCCGAGCAAGCGCAAAGCUUUUGGUACAUGUGCAUCCCACUUAGUGGUAGUCACCAUCUUCUAUGGGACCCUUAUCUUCAUGUACCUACGGCCCAGCUCCAGCUACAACGUGGGCAGGGACAAAAUAGUUUCUAUCUUUUACACUGUGGUGACCCCAAUGUUGAACCCUUUUAUCUACAGCCUGAGGAACGAGGAGGUGAAGAGUGCUCUGAAGAGAGCAGUGGAGAGAACGAUUAUUUCCCUGCUAAAGUCGUAA